AUGGCUCCAAGGAAAAACAAAGUUGCUAAAGAAGAGGUCCAGGUGACCCUAGGCCCCCAGCACUUGGCGGGUGAAACAGUUUUCGGCGUAGCUCACAUUUUCGCUUCGUUCAAUGACACAUUCGUACAUGUUACCGACUUAUCCGGUCGGGAAACCAUCGCCAGGGUCACAGGUGGCAUGAAAGUAAAGGCUGAUCGUGAUGAAGCUUCACCGUACGCGGCUAUGUUAGCUGCACAGGAUGUUGCUGAGAAAUGCAAGACUCUUGGAAUCACAGCUCUGCACAUCAAACUACGUGCCACAGGUGGUAAUAAGACCAAGACUCCAGGACCCGGCGCUCAAUCCGCCCUCCGUGCCCUGGCCCGCUCCAGUAUGAAAAUAGGCCGCAUUGAGGAUGUUACUCCAGUGCCAUCAGACUCUACGCGCAGGAAGGGUGGUCGUAGAGGGCGCAGGCUGUAA